AAUUAAGGAUCACUAGAGCUUAAUUACAUAUACGGACGAGGCACACCACGAUCCUGGCGCCUAGCCUGUUGGCUAUAUAUUGAGACAAGAAGGAGGCGGCUGACGUUAUGCGGACGAGAAUAUUAUGGAACGGAAAGAAAUAAAAGGCAUAGCAUUCUAUAUUACUGCUUGGAUCAAUUGGUGGGGGAAAUCAGAAAAGCUAGAGUUCUAUAAUAACGAAGAAGACACUAUAGAAUACCCUCCUAUGCCUCUAAAACCUCGUUGUCGCCCAACAACAGAGUCUCAAGAGGAAUAUAAAGCUAGAGUGGAAGAAUAGGAGGCUACUAAACCUCACAAAGUAGAGAAAAAGGUUGUAGGCAACCAUAUGACCCAAAAGUACUAUAUAGAGCGUCUCUUACCUAUAUACAUCAAAGCUGUCUAAGAACAGCGUUUACAACAUACAAAUCAAGUAAGAUGGGGACCCCUCUCAUAGUAUGCGUAAAGAAGGCCUUGCGUAUCAGCUGAAAGUAGUCAAUUAGGUAGUCAAUAUCAAGCACCCUACGCAGUCACUAGAUCUAAAUCCAAUUGAGGGUAUUUGGAAUAUCAUUAAGCAAUGUGUGCGCCAGAGAGUCUUUUAUUCUAAUAAGGAGGUAAAACAAGCUCUUUAAGAGGAAUGGGACAAAAUCACGUUAGAAGAGAUACGCUUACGCAUCGCUAAUAUGCCUGGGAGAUGCAGACGCCUUAUUAAAAAUAGGGGGAAAGCUAUUAAAACUGCAAAAUGG